UUAAAAAAAACAGUGCAAUCACGUAAAAUCCAAUAGUCAGUGAAAAAUAAUUGAUUGAAGAGAAUUUAGCGUGUGGAUUUUGGUUUUGACCAUCAAAAACACUUCGAUUGGAUCUCUGAAACGGGAAUGGAAGUAUCAGAUACAUUGAAUUACGUUCCGUUUUCUAAUCCCGUCAGCUCGAGUGCCGGUUCGUUUGUGAAAACUGCUGCAUCACCUUCCCACCAGUGCCGAACAGCUGCAGAGUGGGGAUGACAUGGAGAUGAGGGGAAGGUGAUAGUGACCGCCGCGCUGUCUCGUGCCGCCUGAGAGAACUUGUCCCCUGUUUUUGGCUUGACAAUACCUGCUUGUAUCAUACGAUCAUACCUUAGAAACCCGCAGAACUGAGCCUCUACUUUAGUCAAUCCACUUUGAGUUUACCAUCUGCUUGACAAUUUCAAUUCCAAAAGUUGAUUAAUUAGUCACUACGAGUCGCUUCUGAUGCUGUAAGCCCUCCACAGACACUCGACACUCACAAAUAUCUUCAAUCUCAGUUGGAACGUACAAAAUAUUUUUGUGAAUGACGUUUGGUCAUCGGUUAAUAUAUUUUUGUGGUUAUUAUUCAAUACAACUGCUCCAAUAAUUUUAUUCCACACACCGGACACCAGGACAAUAGCGUCACAAUGGAGGAGAUAUUUCACGAGAAGCAAGAGGGGUAUUUGUGUGGUCAGCACUGCUUGAAUUCUCUUCUCCAAGGCUCGUAUUUCAAUGCUGUAGACCUGGGAUGUCUUGCCAGACAGUUGGAUGACGAAGAGGAAGCGAGAAUGGCUGAAGCUGGUAUAGACAGUGAAGAUUAUAAAAGAUUUAGAGAACAACCCUCUGGCAAUGUGGACGACAGUGGCUAUUUUUCAGUUCAAGUGAUAAGCAGUGCCCUCAAAGUUUGGGGACUGGAACUGAUACCGUACAACAGCAGAGAGCCCAUAGCUAUCAUCGCACAGAAUGAUCCUACACAAAUGCAGGCGUACAUAUGCAACUACAAAGGUCACUGGUUCACAAUCCGUAAAAUUGGUAAUCAGUGGUUCAAUCUCAACUCUAUUUUAAGUGGCCCUCAGCUUUUAUCCAACACCUACUUGUCGAUGUACUUCGCACAAUUGUUGCAAGAGGGAUAUUCAAUAUUCAUCGUCAUUGGACAAUUGCCAGAGUGCAAGGCCGACGAAAUACUACUGAAGAAUCCAGUAAGAGUUACCCAGAAGUCCGGAAAAGCGAGUAAUGAUGAGGGUAAAGUGUUUGGAUCUGGAGGUCACAGAUUGGGAACGAUGGAGGAGGAUGAGGCGAAGAUACGAGAGGCUGUGGCUGGGUUGGAGGCUGUUAGAGUGCCAUCGAGUUCAAGUGCAGUUGGAAGUACAGCGAAACCAUCAGACAAGCCACGAGAGAGGAUAAUACCAAUUAAAAUUGAAGGUGUGGAGAAGGAGGAGAAUGACGACGAGGAUUUGCAGAGAGCACUGCAGCUCAGUCUCCAGGAUGUCGAUGAGACAACAGACAAACCCCUCAAAUUACGACUGGAUUUAGACACGAAUAAGUCCGAGAGGUUCUUUGAAACGAUCGAGGAGUCCGACGAUGAUGACGAAUUGAGAAAAGCACUUCAAUUGAGUCUCGAGUGUGUUACAGCUCCACCAACUCCAGAUCCUGAGGAUGUACGCUGGAAACGUCUCAGAUAUCUUGGAAUUCAUCCACCCAACAGCGAGCCCUCGACUAAACUAAAUACUUAACAGUGAAACUGCAGCUGAUGGUUAACAUUCGGGAAUUAUCUUCUUUUUAUAUCUCAUCUUUCAAUCAAGUUUACAAUCCACUGUUGUGACUGUCUUUGAUUCCAAUGGAAUUGUAGAAAGAUUAUACACAUAUGAUUGAAAUUGUAAACCUGUGUUCUAAAUAAAUUUCUAUAUUCAUUUUAAUGGUUAA